CCACAGCCACCACCCAAACAGAGCCCUUGAACAACACCUUCACAAGUCCAAAAUGUCGUUUCUCUUCGGCGGUCGCCCUCAGAUCUCCUCGGAGCAGAAGAUUGCUCAAGCCGAGGCCGAAAUCGAUAUGGUGUCUGACAUGUACACUCGCCUAGUACAGUCAUGUUCGAAGAAGUGCAUCGAUAACUCGUAUCGCGAAGCCGACCUCAACAAAGGCGAAUCCGUAUGCCUGGACCGCUGCGUCGCAAAGUUCUUUGAAGUCAAUGUUAAGGUCAGCGAGAAGAUGCAGGGCGAGGCGCAGAAUAAGAGCGGCGGCAUGUUUAAUAUGUGAUUCGAUUUCAGCACGGCUGAUGUCUAUGGAGUCUGGGAUUACGCGACCCGAAGGGCAUAGGACACGGCUCGACCGAAUAUUUGGACUAGAAUGAUCCCCCGCUUAAGUCUUCUAUUACUUAUAUCUAGGUCCGCCUUGAAUUCUAAGACGUGCUAUUAUGCUCAAAGGCCAUUGGGCGUCUGUACAAUAUGCAACGGGUAGGUAGCUUCCUCAAAAGGACAAAGACAUAUGUAGUUUCAUCACACUGAAAACACAAUGCUAAG